GUCGUCACUUGAGCAGCGCCCGUCUGGCGGCUCGGCUUCGUGAAAGUCCCACGUUAGUACUCCGGACAUAUAAGUUAGUACCUCCUUGUCUGGUAGCUCCCGGACGCACAGUCGUCGUGGACCCUGAUGGGCCGACAAAACAAAAUCCCAACAGUGUCGUUGCCCCUCCCCUCUCCAAGGGAAACCUCCUCGGUGAACCCACCGCCGUGACUCGGCCGCAGACACAACGCCGGGCGGCUUCACGCCCGCCGCCCCAACGCCCCUCCCCACCUCGCCGUCCGGCUCGGAUACCGACGCGGAACGCCGUACGCGUUCGACCCGGGCAGUAGCACAAGGACCAAGGACCCCGAGUCGUGGGCGGUGGGUCUUGGGCCGACCCGGGUGUCGACGUCCCGGCGAAGCGCUCGAUCUCUGCUGGUCGCCUAGCUAGUACCACACGUCCGUACCAGACACGCCACAAUGAUGCGCGGCACUCGAAGAGUCGAAAGUACGAAGGAGCGUGGUGCGGGGUGCCGUCGUGGCCUGACCCUCCUGCAAAGUCCACCACCAGUGGUGGGCAACCUCUACGAAGUAUGCUGGAGUCUAGUCGAGUUCGCCACGGGUACAAUAUGUCGACGCAAGCGCUUCUGGGAGGUCCGUCCUGAAUUCGAAGCAAGUAUUAGGCCAAGAUGGCCCGGCGGCGGCGGCGGAAGCUUGGUCAUUGCAACGGGAUCUACUACCUGUAAUCGUGAGAUGCUCGACCGCCCUAGGGUAUGUGGAGUGGGUUGAAUGCGAUGACGCAACGGGACAUAUUGGCGACCGUGGACGAGUAUCAAGUCUGCAAAGGUGUAGGUUCCGUGUUCCGACAUGUUAUUAAUGAAUAUUGCGUUUUGGGGAACACGCAGCGAGGCAUGUCAUGGCAUCCCAGUCAUGGCAUUUGGGGCAUCGAACCACUUGGGGGCCAGCGGCGGUUUUCAACGACGCACACCGUGGGUCGGUCAACGACGGCAACGCAAGGCCCUGGCAUAGACAGAUAGACCCAAGGGCCGGGUGGUCGCCGACAUGGCACAACGUCUACGCGUCACAAGCAUGCAUCCGUCCAGCCGCAAGGUAGCAACUAACUAGGUGUACAUACGUAUGUAGCCACGCCAUCUGAAUCAAACCAAUAUUAAGCUGCAAGCUGGGCGUGGUAGUUACGUCGAUCGUCCCUGCCUUGAAGCUUGCACUGACCCCACCUCAGAUGCAACAUCAACCAUCAAUCCCCAUCGUCAGCUGGUCCUGGGAAUUCAACAUCGCGACUCCUCUCUUCUUGCCCGCACUUUCGACUCCGUAUUGCAUAUCCCAGCAGCUGAGCCCCCCUCCCGUCUGGAUGGCGAGCGGAGCACGAUGCCUCGCAAAGGCGUCUCCAAGGCCAGGACCGGCUGCCUGACCUGCAAGUAUGUCAUGGCUCGCAAGGUCAAAUGCGACGAGGGCCGUCCCGGGUGCAUGCGGUGCCAGAGUGCUGGAAAGAAGUGCCAGGGGUAUCAGCCCCCGCCUGUUGGCUAUUUCACCUGGGACGAGCUGCUCUCCACCACACGGCCCCGUCCAGCCCUGGCCGCUGUGCCCGAGGCCAGCUCGCUCGAGCUCCGAGGCAUGUCAUUCUACCGCCACGUCGUGGCCCCGUCCGUUGGCGGACCCGUCAAGAGCACCUUUUGGACCAAGACGGUGGCCGAGGUGUUGCACCGGGAGCCUGCUGCGCGGCAUGCCAUCCAGGCCAUCAGCGCUCUCUACGAACACAGCAGCCUCGGCCUCAGCGACGGACCUACCGUCCCGUACGAGGACGGCCGACGUGCCGUUACACACUACAAUGCCGCCAUCCGGCACCUUGUCUCGCCGGCGGGGCCAAGCUCCAAGGACACGGUAAUGCUUGUUUGCAUACUCUUCAUCUACAUCGAGUUCAUGCGAGGCGACAACGAGAGCGCCACGACUCAUAUACGGCACGGCAUUACGCUGCUCAACUCAUGCGCCGUCAGGGAUGACAUUGCCCGCGCCUUUCUCCACCUCAGCAUUUUCCCUUACUUUUUCUCCGACGGCGUCACCGACUUCCCGCUCCCGCGAGAGGUGCUUUGCGGUCCUUGCCCUGCGAGCUUUGACUUGAGCGACGCGCACGUCUGGCUCGAUCCGCUGUUGCUGCGAACCGUCCGGCUGACGCGCAUGGCCAAUCAGCACCGCUAUGGCAUGCCUGAGCUGCAAAGCCUCGAGAAAGUUGUGCAAGCCAUAUCAGCCCUCGACGCAGAUCUCGACGCGUGGUGGUCUGCCUUUGUUCCGCUGCAGCACCAGUGGCGAGAAGACGAUCAGCACCGGACAACCCUGCUCCUCUUGGAAGCGCGGUGGCUUCACGCCAAGAUGCGAGUUGCGACGCAGCUCGAUGUCUCCGAGGCCGUCUGGGACUUCCAGCUGGAUCGGUUUCGUCGCGUCGUUGACAUCGCCCGGCAGGCACGAGCGGCCGAGAAGCUGCGCGACUGGGCGAGCCGGAAGUUUGCGUUUGUCAUGGGCUUCUGCCCGCUCCUCUUCUGGGUCGCACACAAGUGCCGCUUCCUCAGACUCCGCGUCUCCGCGCUAGCCCUGUUUGAGACGCUCUGUUGGGCACGCGAGGCGGCCUGGGAUCGUGCCAUGUUGCACGGCCUUGCGAAGACGAUAAUCGAGGUCGAGCACGGCAUCGAGCUGACGCCCGACAAGGUCAGAGAGCUGUCGGCGGAUGUUGGCCGCCACAACGAUGACGACCUGGCACUGCCGGCUGACGGCCGGCGUGUAGGGCUAGCUUUCAUGCGGGGCGACGUGGAACUUUCAACAGCUCAAGACGGUAGGCUAAUAGGUCGCCGGAAGGUUUGCCUGUACUUACAUAGCGCAACCGGUGCCGUGGAGCCUCGCGAGUGUUGGAUGGAACUGGGAUGA